AUGGUGCGCCUCGGCUGCGCGUUGUUGAGAAAGUAUGGAAAUUUCAUUGAUAACCUAAGACUCUUCACCAAGGGAGGAAGCGGUGGAAUGGGUUACCCUCGUUUAGGGGGAGAAGGUGGAAAAGGUGGUGAUGUCUGGGUUGUAGCCCAUAAAAAUAUGACCUUAAAACUACUUAAAAACAAAUAUCCUCAGAAAUGGUUUGUGGCUGGAGGAGGAGCCAACAGUCGAGUUAGUGCACUGAAGGGCGCCAAAGGUAAAGACUGUGAAAUCCCUGUACCUGUGGGUAUUUCUGUAACUGGUGAAAAUGGUAAAGUUAUAGGAGAACUCAAUAAAGAAGAAGACAGAAUUCUAGUUGCUAAAGGUGGCCUUGGUGGUAAAUUACAUACAAAUUUCUUACCCUUGAAAGGCCAGAAGCAAAUAAUUCACCUUGACCUAAAAAUUAUAGCUGAUGUAGGUCUAGUAGGAUUCCCAAAUGCUGGAAAAUCCUCCUUACUAAGUCGGGUUUCCCAUGCAAAACCUGUGAUUGCAGAUUAUGCAUUUACAACGCUAAGGCCUGAAAUUGGAAAGAUAAUGUACAAUGAUUUCAAACAGAUUUCAGUAGCUGAUCUCCCAGGUUUGAUAGAAGGAGCACAUAUGAACAAAGGAAUGGGCCACAAAUUCCUCAAGCAUUUAGAGAGAACCAGACAGCUGCUGUUUGUUGUUGAUAUUUCUGGAUUUCAGCUUUCUUCUGUAACUCCAUACAGAACAGCAUUUGAAACUAUAAUGCUUCUUACAAAAGAGUUGGAGUUAUACAAAGAGGAACUGCAGACAAAACCUGCACUCUUGGCAGUUAAUAAGAUGGACUUGCCAAAUGCCCAAGUUAAACUUCAUGAAUUGAUGAAGCAGCUCCAAGAUUUCCUGCAGUUAUUUGAAAAAAACAUGAUUCCAGAGAAGGCUGUAGAGUUCCAGCAUAUCCUCCCCAUCUCAACAGUUACUGGUGAAGGGAUUGAGGGAUUGAAGACCUGUGUAAGGAAGAUGCUGGAUGAACAGGACCACAAAGAAAAUGAUGCCUAUCAUAGGAAACAGUUGCUUAGUUUGCAGAUGUCCAGUUCAGCACCUUAG